CGACAAGACAACUCAUUUUCAGUUGAUCCAGCCUCCGAACAUACGACAGGCCACAGUGCAUGCAGUGCGUUUUCGAGUGCCGAGAGCUCAUACGACCCGGACUGGACAGCUAUCUCUGACCUCGCCGAGCCGAGACGUAUCCAGAACCGCAUUGGUCAGAGAAAUUAUCGCAAGAAGCUUAAAAGACGUCUUGAAGAUCUCGAAAGACGGGCAGGAUCAUCCUCGACUUUUCUAUCUCAGGCGCAAGAAGAAAACCAGUACAAGAUAAGUCCACAGGUGGGCCAACUGUCACCAAGCAGCUUGGCAAGCCAAUAUACUCCACCAUUUCAAGACGAAGAUAGUACAUUUUCCCAGGGAUUUGACAAGAAGAGACCUCAAACGCCCCCACUUUUUCAAUAUCACUCGUAUCCAGCCCCGGAAGAUAUUAUCUAUUCACCAUACCGAUCGGUACACACCAGCCAGAAGCUUGAGGACUAUCGGUCACCAACAGCAGCUAUGUUACCUUCAAUGAUACACCUCCACCAUCCCAUAAAGCCGAAGAGCCACGAGACUGUUCUUCAUAACGUUACCGACAAAAGACUCGCAGAAAUCGAUCUUUAUGGCCAGCGCAGUUUUCAUGUCUCUAACCCA